AUGGGAGAUAUUGAUACUAUAUUUGAAAACAGUUGGCGUUCAAUGUUUAAUGCAUAUUUAAUUCCAGAAGCAUUCCCUGUUUUCGCUGAUCUCAGUAAAUUCGAUGAAGAAGAAGAAAAAGCUGAAGAACAAUAUUUAGAAUUCGAUUCUCCUGUUUGUGCAUUGAAACUUAAAUCAGACCUUGAAACAUUUGACGAAACUAGAGAAAAAGCACUAAAUAAUUUAUUUGAAAAAUUUGAUUCAUUUGAUACUUCAAUUGAAAUACCAGCUCCUCAGUACUUCCCUGUAGCUCUCACUCCAUUAGAUAUUAUGAGUGCAGAAGGAAAGAAGUUCGAGGAGUCGAAAUUACGUUCUGAAGAAAUCAAAGCGCGUUCAGUAGCUGCAAGAAGCUCUGCUAUGAAAACUAAUAGAGAACUACAAGCUGAAAAACUUGAAAUGGAAAAGCAAAAGCGUAGAGAAGAAAAACUCGAGCAACUUAAGAAUAUGAGUCAAGAAGAACGAGAAAAACUUAUUGAAAAACGCCAAAAAUCAAGAGAAGCAUACUUAUCGACUAAAGCUAAGGCAAAGGAACAACAAAAGGAAGAAAUGGAGAAAAAGAAACAACAAGAUCUCAAAAAACAGAAUGAUAAAGAAAAGAAGAAAAAAGAGGAAGAAAAGAGGUUGCAAAAAAUCAGAGAAAGACCACCAAGUCCAAGAAGAAUUAGACUUCAUUAA